GGGAGUGAUUCGUCCUACAUCAAAACCACGUCACUGGAUCAAAUUCCAUUCCACGCUUUUUAUUACGUACCUAUGGCACACAGGUGAGUCAAGUCUUAUGUUGGGUUUUCACGCGAUGAAUUCAAAAUUUGACAAAUAUUUUUCAGCUUAAAAAUGGCUUGCAGCAUGGAAGUAACAGGGAAAGCAUAUCACAUUUUAAAGCGAUUUUCCUAGAUUUUCCCAAAAUAAAGGGAUUUAAAACCAUAUCCAGUUUCAUAUCUAAAUUUUUGCGAAUUUCCUUUGGUCGUAUUUAAUCGGAUCCUUCGUCAUAUUGAUAAACGUUACAGAAGAUAGCCAAGUUUUAGUAAACUUGGGAACAUGGGACUGAAGGAAUUUUGAGUCGCAUGAAAGUAAUUAUGAAGCUGCUUUCAAGACAUCCAUUGAAACUUACCCGGCGAGCCCCAUAUUAAGUGCACACCAAGCGGAAAAUGGAUGAUGCCAGUGAGAGCUGCGUAGGUGUUUUUUUAAAUUUCCUUGAGUAAAAUUACCGAAGGAAAAUAAAACGUGGUCAUGCUAACUUUUUAGUUCAAUUUUGUUUUUCAGUCCUUGUAAGUUUGUUCACGUGGCUCAUGAAACAUCUACCAACUCUGACCUAACUGGCCAGGUCGUCAGUUCCCCCCCGGCGAAAGGAAAUCUCGCUCCUAGACCCUCCGUUAUCCAAUUCGUUGAUGAAAACCAAAAGGUGGAUACUCGGCCAAAGUGUCCUGUUUGCAACCACAAAUUUUCCAGGCUCGGAUCCUUACGGGUGAAUUGUUUAUUUGAUUUUAGACUAACUUCAAACUUUGAUUUAAUUACCAUCAUCAUCAUUAUUAGUUGUAACAUUAUCGUUUUCACUCGCCUUUUUAAUUUCUCAUCUUCGUUUCCGUCUAUCCUUUCUUUUUCACUCUCAUUUUCAUAAGUCGUUGUUCUUUUACCAUUUUCCAUUUCAAUCACAAUCUGUUACUGACGACCUUGACCUAAUUAAUUUUUUUUGUCAGGUUCACAUGCGAAUUCACUCAGGUGAAAAGCCCUAUCGGUGUCAGUUUUGCCCUAAGGCCUUCGCUCAAUCAGGAAACCUCUCCGCGCAUGUGCGGAUUCACACAGGAGACAAACCUUACAAGUGCAGUUACUGUGAUAAACGUUUUACCCAGUCGUCCGCUCAAAAAAAUCACGUGAUGAUGCACUUAAGGAGAAUGGUAAGCUACCGUCAGGCUGGUGUCAACUACAUGCUGAAUUGA